AUGCCCCCCAAAGCGUCGCGCAAAGGGAAAGGAAAGAAAUCUGAAGCAGCAAAUGAAGGAGGAGGAUCAAGCUUUCACCUUGACACCAGACCGGUGGAGGCAGUCGCUCCCAAGCACGAUGCUGGGAAGGAAAUCGAACGUCUGGACACCGAGGUGAUAAAGAGCAAGGUCGGUGUCGCAUGGAUCAAUAUGUUGGCGAUGGGCGAGCGUCUAAAGUUCGGGGUCUACAACGACCGGCCUGAAAACGACGCUGAAACGCACAAGUUAAUACUAUCGUUCAAGCGCCAUGGGAUCGUGUCCAUGAGAGAAAUGAACGCUAUUCCACUCAUCAUUGAGAUCGACCGCGUCAACAAUGCGGAAACACUUCCCUUUGAUUUUAGCAGCCCACAGAAUGUACCAGAGUUGGAGCUCGUCGACAUGAACCCUAUCAUAGUGGCCUCGGGACAGCAUCGACUUGCAGCACUUCGACAAUACCAUCAAACAUUAACAGAUGAGUACAGGACACUCGAGAAGAAACGCGUCAAGAUCAAAGAGUUGAAGAACCUGAGCGAGGAACACAUACGCACCUUCAAUGAGAUGCGGGAGGAGAUGGGCACGAUAAAAGGAAUUUCUAAGCACAUUUUGUUAAAUAGGAUGGGGUUAGCCCAAGGUUAUGCCUAA